GGUCCAGCAGAUGCAAAUUCUACGAUGUGAUAGUCUUCGGACAGUUCAUUGGUGAAUUCACCGAGGUAAUCACCCAAGACAUGGAGUCCAUUCAAAACAUGGUGAAAUUGGAAGAAUACGAAGAAGACGAUAAGACCAACAGUCUACAGAUGUCUUCAAAACACGUACAACCAUUUGAGUCUUCCAAGCGAAAGAGAAAAAAGCUCAGCACAGAAAAACAACCCAAGUCAAAAGUAUCCAAAGAAGACCAAACAGAACCUGCCAUCACACAGGAAACAGCAGACCCAUCCACGAGUGUCAAACCUGUAUCGAAUUACAUCAUCAAUCCUUCGGUGACUGUGGAGGAAGUCCCCCUUGAGUUCAAUCCCGAAGUCUACAUGGCAGAUUUAAACCAAAGAAUGCAAGCAGAAAUGGAAGAGCUAGACGAGCGUACACGGGUGUACAUAUGUCCCAAGCAUCCAACCUAUCUGUUGGAGUUCAACAUUAUUGAAACCCGCUAUGGUCCCUGGGAGUACUAUAGGUGUCCUCAAAAGGACUGCCUCGUGUGUUGUGGAGCUGACAAAGUAGCAAACUACCAAGAGCAAUUUGAAAAGCAAGUAGCACAAUUCUGGCUGAAAAACCUUGAGUAUAAAAAUAAGUGCUUCUGCAGAAACCCCCUCAUCCUCAAGAUAUCCAAAUCCGAGAAGAAUCCAGGUCGAAUGUACUUUGGCUGCCGUAAGAAGAAGUGUGACUUCUUCAAUUGGGCCGAUAAAAAUCCAUCUGAUAAAAUGGCAAGGUGGAUAAAUGAAGAAGCGGAAAAACCAAAACCUCAAAGAAAGGUCGAAGACCCAGAGAAAGAAGUUACUGUUGAGGAUAAGAAGUCCGUUUGGAGAGGAAAACAACCACUGAAAGAGUUCAAACCGACCCCACAGCAAGACAUCGACAUGCGAUUAACAGAUAUCAAAGACCCUCAAACAGCAGCCUACUGGAAAAAAGUGCGAAUGAACAACGAGGACUACAUGGUAAAGAGGGUUGACCGAAGUUGUCCUGAGGGAGAUGACCUCAGGGUGUUCACGCAAAUACCAGACCCAGGCGCCGAGCGCUAUCCUCCACCAUGCGUACAAAAAGGUGGACCCAUCAAGUACCGUGCCAGUCACAACCGAUCAGACCCGAAUUAAGGACGCAACAAGUGAGUAGAGCUCCCAAACAUCAUGCAAAAACAAAAAGUAAGAGAACAAGUUUGUUUCAUAUUAGACUUAGAUGGUUACAAUUUAAAAGGAAAUUCACUUAAAGGAACAUUUUAUGUACGAGAACUUGGAUACUGUACACACGACUGUAACUACGGGAGGAUAGCCUUCGACACUGGCAUACCCUACAGGAACCUUUGGAUUCAAGACAGAAAAACAGUCAGACACGUGAACAGGAACGUUUGUGGUCUCCCGUAGGAACCAGACCCUGAAGAAGAAGCAUUAAGUCAAGACAAAGUACGUGACGUAAUACAGAGACUUUAUUCCAAAUACUGUACGGGAAAAAGAACAUUGAUUGCAUACAAAGGAGGACGAGUCGAAAAAGACAUCCUCGACGAACUGAACAUUCCAAGUUUUAAUUUAGAAUUAAUCAGUUGUCCUAAAUAUGAUCACUUAGCCAUGAUACCUAAGAUUAAAAGUUGCGGUUUUCAUAAUUGUCUUUGUAGAAAAAAUAGCAAAAAAGGUCACUGUUCAGUUCAAGAGUGUCACGCUUUCUGGAGAUGGUUAUACGACAUAUAAUUUUCACACUUUAACAUGUUAAAUCAAAUAAAGUCUUUUGAUGUGGUAA